UAGUCAUUUGAGCCCUUCCCCACCUGGUUAGCUUCCCCCUACAGUAUUCCAUUGCAAUAACCUCACUUCGAAUCAGAAAAAUUAGGGUUUACAAGGAAAUGGCAUUAGCUGCUCGCAUCAGAUCGGGUCUCCCUCUCCUGACCAAGGCUCUCCAUUCCGCUCCCCUCACUGUUCCGAGAUCCGCGCUUGCUCUCUCCAACUCUGAGUUCUCAAGGAAUUAUGCCACUACUACUGGGCAAAAGGAAAAGAAAGUUAGGGUGCCUCUAGCUUUAUUUGGGGGAUCCGGAAACUAUGCAUCUGCAUUGUACCUUGUGGGAGUUAAAGGAAAUUGUCUGGAAAAGGUUGAGGCUGAGCUUCUUGACCUUGUUGAGGCUAUAAAGAAAAGUCCUACCUUUUCUCAGUUCACAAAGGACCUCACAGUCCCAGCAGAUGUCAGAGUGAAGGCUAUCCAGGAAGUUGCAAAUGAAGCUAAAUUUUCAGAGGUGACAAAGCAUUUCUUGGUUUUGUUGGCUGGCAAUGGGAGGCUAAGAUACAUUGACACCAUCACUAAGAGAUUUUUGGAGCUGACCAUGGCACAUAGGGGAGAAGUGAAAGCUGUGGUGACCACUGUAAUUCCCCUUCCACCUGAAGAGGAGAAAGAACUGAAGGAAACCCUUCAAGAUAUUCUCGGACACGGCAAGAAGGUUAAACUUGAACAGAAGAUUGAUCCCAGUAUUCUUGGUGGCCUGGUGGUUGAUUUUGGACAAAAGCUCUUUGAUAUGUCCAUCAAGACACGGGCGCGGCAGAUGGAAAGGUUCUUGAGGGAGCCCGUAAACUUUGGCAGCCUGUGAAAUGUGUCUACAUUUGUUUCAGUGGAUGCUUAAUGAAAGUGUUUUUUCUUACAAAAGAAGGCUUUUAAGGAAAAUGUUUCUUCCGGUUUGAUUUUGGUUCUCGUAAACUCAUUUUAUGUAUUGGUAGAAAGCCAUACAUUUGCAAAUAAGAAGCUACAAAUUUUAUUCACA